AUGGCGACGAUCCCUCUCAAGCUCGUGAUAGCUUACUCAGUUUUAGUUAGCGCAGAGCUUCCCCACUCUGCAACAAGACAUUCAAAAGAGUACUGCGCAAUGUAUGACAUUUGUGGAGAACGCAGCGAUGGAAAAGUCCUUAACUGUCCUUAUGGUUCGCCCUCCAUUAAGCCUGACGAGCUGUUUUCUGCCAAAAUCCAAAGCCUGUGUCCAACCAUAAGUGGGAAAGUCUGUUGUUCAGAGGCUCAAUUUGACACUUUGAGGUCCCAAGUUCAACAGGCUGUCCCUUUUCUUGUCGGUUGUCCUGCAUGCUUAAGGAACUUCUUAAACCUGUUCUGCGAGCUCUCGUGCUCUCCAAAUCAGUCUCUUUUCAUCAAUGUCACUUCUGUUGCUGAGGUGAGUGGAAAUUUGACAGUGGAUGGUAUAGAUUAUCACGUAACUGAUACAUUUGGAGAAGGGCUUUACGAGUCUUGUAAAGAGGUGAAAUUUGGAACGAUGAACACUCGUGCCAUAAAUUUUGUUGGUGGUGGUGCUAAAAAUUUCAGAGAGUGGUUUGCGUUUAUUGGUCAGAAAGCACCAUCUGGCUUCCCUGGUUCACCGUAUGCAAUAAAUUUCAAAUCAACUACCCCUGAGUCAUCUGCAAUGGUGCCAAUGAACUUAUCUGUUUAUUCAUGUGGUGACACAUCACUUGGAUGCUCUUGUGGUGAUUGCCCUUCAUCACCCUCUUGCUCAAGUUCGGAACCCCUGCCGCCCCGUGAGGAAGACUCUUGCUCAAUUAGAAUUGGUCCUCUAAAGGUUAGAUGCAUUGAGUUAUCAAUGGUACUUGUAUACAUCUUGCUGCUUUCUUGCUUCUUGGGGUGGGCUACUUUAAAUCGAAGAAGAGGUAUAACACAACCUGGUGGUAGCUCAGAGCCACUACUGUAUCCUGUGGAAGAAGAUGGAAUUGGUAGUGAACCGAAGGAAAGCACACUCGGUGUCAAGGUGAAAAGACACGCUCAACUCUCUCCCGUUCAGAGAUACAUGGCAAAGUUUUACAGAACAUACGGGUCAUGGAUUGCUAGAAAUCCAUCUCUUGUUCUCUUCACGUCGGUGGCUAUUGUCAUUGCGCUCGGUGUAGGUCUCGUUCGUUUUAAGGUGGAAACACGGCCAGAAAAGCUGUGGGUAGGUCCUGGGAGCAAAGCCGCAGAAGAGAAAAAGUUCUUUGAUAGCCACCUUGCGCCAUUCUACAGAAUCGAGCAGCUUAUCUUGGCCACUGUUCCUGAUUCCAAAAGUGGCAUGGCGCCUAGUAUUGUGACAGAGGAAAAUAUUCUUUUGCUUUUUGACAUACAAGAGAAGGUCGAUAAACUUCGUGGAAAUUAUUCAGGUUCAGAGGUCCCUCUGACUGACAUUUGCUUGAAGCCGUUGGGAGAUGAUUGUGCCACUCAGAGUAUUCUGCAGUAUUUCAAGAUGGACUCUGGAACUUUUGAUGAAUAUGGAGGAGUUGAGCAUGCUGAGUACUGUUUCCAGCAUUACACUUCAUCAGAGACGUGUUUAAGCGCUUUUCAGGCGCCUGUUGAUCCUAGUGCAGUGUUGGGAGGGUUCUCGGGGAAUAACUAUUCGGAGGCAACUGCGUUUGUUGUAACAUAUCCAGUUAACAAUGCCAUUGGUGAUUCAAGCAACGAAAACGCAAGGGCAGUAGCAUGGGAAAAAUCGUUCAUUCAAUUAGCAAAGGAGGAGCUGCUACCUAUGGUGCGAUCCAAGAAUUUGACUCUUUCAUUUUCGUCCGAAAGCUCAAUAGAGGAAGAGCUGAAAAGAGAAAGCACUGCCGAUAUUAUAACAAUAGCUGUAAGCUAUCUGGUUAUGUUUGUUUAUAUUUCCGUCACACUUGGAGAUGCUCCACAGUUUUAUACUUUCUACAUUUCAUCAAAGGUCUUGCUCGGUCUUUCGGGGGUUGUGCUUGUCUUGCUUUCUGUACUUGGAUCUGUUGGAUUCUUCAGUGCCCUUGGAUUUAAAUCCACAUUGAUCAUAAUGGAAGUCAUUCCUUUCCUAGUCCUGGCUGUGGGAGUAGAUAAUAUGUGCAUAUUGGUUCAUGCUGUAAAGAGACAGCCUCAUGAUGUUUCUUUAGAGGAACGGAUCAGCUCUGCACUUGUUGAAGUAGGUCCAUCCAUAACGUUGGCAAGUUUAUCAGAGGUCUUGGCUUUUGCUGUUGGAGCUUUUGUUCCAAUGCCAGCAUGUCGUAUCUUCUCCAUGUUUGCAGCUUUGGCUAUUAUGCUGGACUUUUUUCUGCAAAUCACCGCUUUUGUUGCGCUAAUAGUUUUUGACUACAAAAGGGCCGCGGAUAACAGGAUUGAUUGUUUCCCUUGCAUAAAAGUUUCUUCAUCUCGAGAAUCUGUUGAAGGUGGAAGAGGACCUGGCUUUCUUGAGAGAUACAUGAAGGAGGUUCAUGCACCCAUUCUUGGACUUUGGGUUGUUAAAAUGGUUGUUGUCGCUGUAUUCGUGGCUUUUGCGCUGGCAAGCAUUGCCCUAAGCCCAAGGCUUGAAACUGGCUUGGAGCAGCAAAUUGUUCUUCCUCGGGACUCUUACCUUCAAGACUAUUUCGAUAGUCUCGCAGAGUACCUCAGAGUGGGGCCACCUUUGUAUUUUGUAGUCAAGGAUUACAAUUAUAGCUUGGAAUCAAGUCAAACAAAUCAGUUGUGCUCUAUCAGCAAAUGCAAUUCAAAUUCCCUAUUAAAUGAGAUAUCAAAAGCGUCACAGGCUCCAGAAACAAGUUACAUUGCCAAACCAGCUGCUUCUUGGCUCGAUGAUUUUCUUGUAUGGCUAUCACCAGAGGCUUUUGGCUGUUGUCGGAAGUUCACUAAUGAUAGUUAUUGUCCUCCAGAUGACCAGCCACCUUGCUGCACGCCUGAAGAAGAUAUAUGCGGUUUAGAUGGGAUCUGUAAAGACUGUACUACAUGCUUUCGACACUCAGAUUUGGUUCAGGAUCGUCCCUCUACAGCUCAAUUCAGGGAGAAACUACCCUGGUUUCUAAAUGCUUUGCCAUCGGCUGACUGUGCAAAGGGUGGUCAUGGGGCUUAUACGAAUAGCGUGGAUUUAAAAGGGUAUGAGACUGGUGUUAUACAGGCAUCUGAGUUCCGUACAUACCACACUCCACUUAACACACAAGGUGACUAUGUUAAUUCACUGCGAGCUGCUCGGGAGUUCAGUUCAAGAAUCUCCGAUUCCUUGAAGAUCGAGAUCUUCCCAUAUUCUGUCUUCUACAUUUUCUUCGAGCAAUAUCUGAAUAUCUGGACAGUAGCUUUGACCAACCUUGCUAUAGCAAUCGGUGCUAUUUUUAUUGUUUGCCUAUUAAUGACUUCCAGUGCCUGGAGUUCAGCCAUCAUUGUCCUUGUUUUAGUGAUGAUACUCUUGGAUCUCAUGGGCAUGAUGGUGAUUCUGGGCAUCCAACUCAAUGCAGUUUCUGUUGUAAAUUUGAUCAUGUCAAUCGGGAUUGCUGUGGAAUUCUGUGUGCACAUAUCGCAUGCUUUCCUGAUGAGUAGUGGUAACAGAGAACAAAGAGCAAGGGGGGCACUGGAAACCAUGGGAGGUUCCGUAUUUAGUGGGAUCACACUCACAAAACUUGUUGGAGUGAUGGUGCUUUGCUUUGCAAGAUCAGAGAUAUUUGUGGUGUACUACUUCCAAAUGUACUUGGCUUUGGUUAUAAUCGGCUUCUUGCAUGGGCUCGUUUUCUUACCUGUCAUACUGAGUCUAGUUGGGCCUCCGCAGCGAUACUUGGAGAUCGAGGAGCAGCAGCAGAGGGACGAAGCUUCUUCUUCCAUAUUGAGCUGA